GUUUGCACUCAUUUAACAUGCAUGCCGAAAAAAAUACGCUUUCUAAAGGUCUGAUUUCAGAUCAUGAUUGAUUGAUUGAUUGAUGAUUGAGUUGUUGAUGAUAAAUUGUGUGUUCAUUCUGCAGAAGUUUCCAGUCUCAAUGGAAAGAGUCCAGAUCUCAUCACAGCCGGAUCCACAGAUGCCUUCUGGUGCUUUGAUUCAUGUGCCACGUUACUUGAGCAACCUGUCCUUCAGAGUCUGGAAGAAGAUGCAGGACAUCGUCCAAAACACUCCUGUGAUUCUGGAUCCAAACACGGCUCAUCCACGUCUUGUUCUGUCUGAUGAUCUCACCUGUCUGACAUGGAGCAACACCAAGCAACUGCUUCCUGAUAAUCCAGAGAGAUUCGACAUCUAUCCCUGUGUCCUGGUUUCAGAGGGUUUUAACUCAGGAACACACUGCUGGGAUGUGGAGGUUAAAAAGAGUUCAUCCUGGGGUCUUGGAGUAACUAUAGCAUCAAACCAGAGGAAGGGAGGUGAUUUCUUUAACACUAAUGUCUGGAGUGUGCAGUACGAAAUGUUUGAAGACUUUGGCUUUCCUGUUAAACAGGAUCUUGAGCGUGUGAGAGCUGAUCUGGACUGUGACAGAGGAACGGUGUCAUUCUCUGAUCCUGUAACUAACACACAUCUACACACAUUCACAACCACCUUCACUGACACCGUGUCUUUCCGUUCUUCCGUAGUAUUUACCCUCUUAAGAUCUUACCCUUAAAUUAUUGUAGGUCUAAUAUAAUCUACAAUCAAAUUAAAUUAUAGCAUAAACAGUUGUGUGAAUAACUGGUAAAUUUUUGUGAUCAAGCAGAUUAAGAAUAACAAACCUCCUAUUGGAGAAUAACACUGACACUGGCACUUUAUCUUCUUUUUCCUUUAUGAUAUAAACAUUUAAGUUAUAAAUGUAGUAUUGAGUCAUUCUCAUUCAUGUACCUUCUUUGAAGACAUAAUAGAUCUGCUUGGGUGAUAUCUCUGGAGAAAAUGGUUAUGGUGCUUACUAUUGCUCGUAGUAUUAUGCUAAUAUUAAUAUUUCUCAGGUUUCUUUGCAAGUUUGUACACGCUUUAAUAAACAAUACUGAGACCUUUGCUUUCGUAAAUGAUUAUGUUUUUGAAACAAUCUGUAGUGAACCAAGGUUCACUCAUAAUGUUCAUAAGAGAGUCACUGGUCGCCACCUACUGGUGGAAUAUAUAUAUACAUAUAUUUUUUAUUUGUUCUUAUGUUGUUGGGCAACAAUGGUUUGAUUCAGACAUACUGUAGACACACGGCAGCUGAAUGAAGCUCACUUUCAGCUCCACAUGAACAAUUUUAUUAGAAUCUAUCCUUUCAUCUGAAGAUGUUCUGUUGUUUCUUCUGCACUGGAAACACAAACUUUUUAAAGAGGUAAAAUAUGCAACUUUACUAACAAGUUCAUAAAAUAAUUAUUUCACAUAAAAAUUAAACAAUAUUUACUCACCCUUAUG